AUGGCUGCGGGGCGACUGGUCUUCGCCUCUUUAGUGGCACGCGCUGCCGCCGAUGCGAGUCCGACCGGGAGUCCCACCUGCCCCUGCGUAGAGUGGGCCGGGCUCCAGCAGUAUAUCCAGGGCGGCACAUUGAUGUACACACCACCGGGAUCUAGCACGUCCUACGAGUACCCGAGCAACUACGGAAACCUGGAGUGCAAGGCGCAUGACACCGGCCUGGCGCCCCACUGCGCGGGCACAAACCCGCCGGCCUGGUGCAACAAGCCCUGGUGCUACGUCUCCAAGGGCAACUGCAACUUCCAGGCUUACAAGAGCGUGAAGUUUCCGGGAGCGGACGCAUACUACAGCUACCGGACCUGCGGACAGUCGAACGAGUUUGCCCUUUGGAGUCAGAGCCUGGCAGAAGGCACAACAUCGGCCCCGCAGGUCACCCAACUCCUGGAUGUGGUAACGGAGUACCUCUGGAGCACCCGCGACUCCCUGGAGCAGAAGUACAUCGACAUGCUGGCUGGCAACGUGAGCGCCUGCAACUACGUGGACUUCUGCCCGUGCCUCGAAUGCUAUAGCGACCCCGUCUGGCCGUCCUACGAUGGGAUAGACCCCAGCACAGUGGGAGCUUGGCUGCGGCCGGGCAGCGUGAGCCUAAAGGAGCAAAACCUCCUGUCCUGCUUGGUCGGCCUGGUUGCAGAUGUGUACAGCAGCAUUGCGGCGAAGGAGGGGGAGCCGGACAAGAGAGUCGGCUACAUGUACUUUGCUGAUCAACUCUCCGGAAGCUACAUGGGUUGGCCUACACUCCAAUGGUGCCCCACGAACUACGACCCACGCUUCCGUCCAUGGUAUGCCUCUGGCUCAACAGGGCCCAAGGACGUGAUCAUCGUCGUGGACGUGUCAGGCAGCAUGGGUGCUGAAAAUCGCUACAACCUCGCUAAGCAGGCCACCAGAGCCGUCCUCGACACCCUUGACUGGAAGGACUACGCGACCGUGAUUCUCUUUAACCAUGGCAUUGCCGCGCAAUACUCGUCAAACAUGGUAGCUGUGAGCGACACGCAGCGUGGGAACAUGCAGAGAUGGUUGGAGUCGCAGAACUGGCAGCAGGGCAGUACCAAUUUCAAGGUCGCUCUAAAUGAAGCUUUCUCCACCAUCCAGAGAAGUGUCGCAGCAGGCACCACAUCCAUGUGUCAGAAGGCGAUUAUUUUCUUGACGGACGGGGAGGCGGAGUUUCUGGACAGUGACUUCAGAAACAUCCAAGAGCAGUCGGUGACGUACGAUACGGUGCUUUUCACCUAUGCCUUGGGUUCGGGUGCCGACACUACAGUGACGAAGAGGCUGGCGUGUGAGAAUCGGGGGAUCUUCUACAAUGUCCCUGAUGGAUCCGACCUUAGCUCGAUUAUGUCAAGCUACUACGAGUACUUCGCCACAGGCCAGGAGAUCUGUCAGCCCUCCUUCACGAGCUACGCAGACGUUGCCGGAGGGGGGAGGCUAUGGCCUGCUUGUCUUCCGAUGUACGACCGCUCGCGUACGGAUCCUUCGCUGUUGGGAGUCACAUGCAUGGACUUCAACAUGAUGGAGGAUCCGGCAAACAUGCAGUCGGAGUCGUACUGGGACUACUUCAGCUGCAAAAUCUCUGACAUCACGAAGGUUUGCCAAGCGCUUGACACGAGCGAAUGCCGUCUGCAGCGCCUUCGAGCCGCGGUCGGCCAAGACUCGGUUUGCUCCACGACCGCUUCCGUCCCAGCCUCUUGCCCCUGCAUGGACCCAGAUUGCCAAGAUGAUGAGUCCUUCAUUGACGAGAAGGGCUACUUCUGCGACACCUGGGUCGGCGAUGAUUGUAGCAAGGCUCAGGAGACUUGGGGCUACAGCGCAGCAGGUCAGCAAGCAGCACUGACGAGGUGCCGGCGAUCCUGUGGCAGAUGUCAGAUGAUCUCCCCCUGCCCCAGCACAGCGCGUUGUGCGGGAACGGAGCGAUUCGCAGAUGUGAGUUGCAGAGCUUGUCGGACGGACAAGGUAUCGGGCAUCGACAUCGAAGGGAGAUCGAUGGUCUGUCCAGGCACCCCUCGAACUGACGACACGGCCUCUCCUUCAGCUUCCUCUCGUCAGAUUCAGCUAGGGGCUUUCGCCGUGGCGGCCGCCACAGCCCUCUUGGGAUAG